GACAUUAAACAGAAAAUAAGGAAAAAACAAAAACAAAAAAUAAAUAAGUAAAUAAAAGCCCCGUUAUAGAAUAUAAGACACAAUCUCGCCCUUAAUCUAAUAUAUAUUUUUUCUCUUCUCUUCCUUCUCCCUCACACCAGGAGCUGCGGGAGAGUUUCAACUAUGGCCUCUUCUGUCCGCCUCAGAACGGACGGGCGGGCAAGUUCUUGGAUGAGGAACGCCCACUCGGAGACUAUCCACUCACCACGCCCAUUGGAUACUUGGAGCUCAAGUACAAGCGCCGCGUGUACAAGAUGCUGCACCUGGAGGAGAAGGCCCUGCGAGCGCUCCACACGCGGGCCAACCUGCGCCGCUUCCUCGACUACGUGAAGGAGAACAACGUGGAGAAGGUGACCAAGCUGUGCGCCAAGGGACUCGACCCGAACUUCCAUUGUCAGGACACGGGGGAAACGCCCUUGUCCCUGGCAGCGAGGAUUAAGAAACCGGCCAAGAUGGUCAUGAGCAUCGUGAACGGCGGGGCGCUCCUCGACUACCGCACCAAGGACGGAGUGACGGCGAUGCACAGGGCGGUCCAGGCUAACAACUUCGAGGCCGUCAAGACGCUUCUGGACUUGGGUGCAUCUCCCAAUUACCGUGACUCGCGUGGCCUGACCCCACUUUACUACUCUGUAACACACAACACGGAUCCGCUGCUGUGCGAGGCUCUGCUGCACGACUACGCUGUGAUAGGAGCCUGUGACAACCAAGGGUGGCAGGAGACCCACCAGGCUUGUCGUAACAAGUUGGUACAACACCUUGAACACCUGCUCUUCUAUGGUGCUGAUAUGAAUGCUCAGAAUGCUUCUGGUAACACGCCUCUUCAUGUUUGUGCUGUCAAUAAUCUGGAGGAUUGUGCGCGAGUCCUGCUCUUUCGAGGCUGUGACAAAAAUGCCCUCAAUUAUGCCAAUCAAACGCCAUACCAGGUUGCAGUCAUUGCAGGCAAUAUGGAACUUGGUGAUGUGAUAAAGAACCAUAGCAUAGAGGAUGUUGUUCCAUUCAAGGAGCCACCAAAAUACAACCCCAACCGUCGCAUCUCUGGAGCUCCUCUUUCCCGCACGCAUUCUGACCCAAGAUUAGAAGUAUGUGCUGUGACGAAGCCCCCCUCGCCGUCCCCCUCCAGUAGAUCCAUCCCACCCUUCAGUUCUGCCUCCUCCCUUAGUGAGACAUCAACAGGCAGUAGUUCUACAUGUACCCAUCCGAGCGAGAUGGAUUCUGAAGAGUGUGCCAGUGCUUUAGGAUCUGCCAGCCUCAAUGCUGGUAAGUGGGCAGGCAUGGAUUGCUGUGAUAUGGUGAGUGACAGCUCUGGUGUCUGCACUUCCAACAGUGGGAGUGCAGAAAGCUAUGAUGCGACACCUACUGACAUCACUCACUUUGACAUAGGCAUGCUGGUGGUAUGUUUACAUCAGUAUACCCCACACAAACAGGGACACCUGGAUAUUAAUGCAGGCGAUAUUUUGGAAGUAACUGGUAGCACUGAUGACGGCAUGUUAGAGGGUGUCAUCCGAGGGGUCACAGGUGUCUUCCCACCUCAGUGCGUGCAGGAAGUGCGCCUGCGUAACCCACAAGCUGUAAGGGAGUCCCUGAUUGCACCACAAGUAGCAAGAGUUCAAGGAAGACGUGAAAUGUUGGUCCACCAGCACUAUGGGACAGCACCAAGACUCAGGAAGCCAGUGGUCAAUCAAGCCAGUGAGCCACGUACUGUUGUUUUGCAUAGAGGCAAAAAGGGCUUUGGUUUUGUGUUACGAGGAGCAAAGGCAACUUCGCCUCUUAUGGAGCGGCCUAAUGAACGAGGUCCAGCACUCCAGUACUUGGAUGACGUGGAUCCUGGGGGAGUGGCAGACUUAGCAGGCCUUAAAAAGGGUGACUAUUUACUCAGGGUAAGUAGAAGUAUGCUUCCUCUGCUCUGUCCAUUUGAGUUUCAUAUCUGUAUAUUUUUCAUGCCCAAACAUGGAAUGCGAUGCGGCAAUGUUAGAAAUCCCCUCAACAAAGUCCAGAGUUCUCCACAUAACCCUUGUGGCUGCUACUUAGCUUACCGCCGCCACCUGACUAACUGUGUUUGUGUGUGUGUCUCCCUCUUAGUGCGGUCGUCCCAAGCCCCCCCUGCACCCCCCCCAAGAGACCCCAGAACCACCUUAAGUGUUGGGCGGGCGCGAGCCAAGUCUAUGGUGGCUGGACUCCAGGACAUUGAAGCACUGGAUGCCAGCAUGAGGGAGAACGGAGACCUGAUGUCCCGUUCCGCCGGACAGUUCCCUGGUGGCGGCCCGUAUGGCAGUAGUCACUAUGGUGUCAGUCACUACACCAGUGGGAGCCAGUAUGGGACACCCCAGGGAACGCCCACCAUAGGCACGCCAGUGGGUACCCCACCAGGCCUCAAGGUAGCAUCCAUCAAAGCCCGACCUUCCUCCAAACGCAUGACAGCUGCCGAGAUGGAGGACAUGAUGACCCAGUCUGGCUCUCUUCCCUCCUCUCCUCCAUCAACUCCUACUGGGCGUCCUCCUCGUGUGUAUGCCAGUGUGGCUGAGAUGAAGAAGGCAAAGGCCCUGAAGGCUCGGCAGCCAUUGGACCUUACCAGACUGCACAAGGGUUUCCAUUCUACCCCAGACUUGAAAGCCGGGGUCACGGGUACCCUUCCAGCUUUUACCAUCGAGGAGAAGCGCAAGUCUGUUUCACAGGAAGACCUCUUCGUGACAGCAUUAAACGAACGCAAUUCACGACACUCCCUUGUGUGUCCGCCACCCCACUCGAGCACUCUGGAGAGGAUCACGGUGGGGUCUCCCGAGUCUAAAGAGUCGUGGCAGAGUGGUGAGGAAGGGACAGAAGAAGAGAGCAGUGAUUCUCCCAACAUUUCUCCUGGCCCAUUGGAAUAUCGUAUGUUAAGGCGAUCACAGUCUGCUGUCAAUACUACUAUGUUGCGUAAAGCAGGCCUACAUCCACCACCAACACACCCACCACCUCCUCCACCACUAGGACAGCUCGUGAAAGUGGAUAUUAGUAGAUCCAAAAGUGAUUAUGCAACUGUUGGAGUUGCUCCUUCCACCCCAGAGGCUAUGCCAGUGUCACCAGGAGUUCAGUCCAGCUUUAGACCUACUGAUUGUGCUAAGCUUUAUGCGUCACCAGAAGAAAUAAAGACAGUUGGUUAUCGCAGUCCUGAAAUGAUGGCGACAUUAAAUCGUAAAAAUGCCAGUGUUAAAAGUCGCUCUCAGAGCUUACCCCCAAGCACCAAUAGACCUAGUGUACAGAGGGGUUCCCCAGACAAGGACACAUCUCUUGAUUCUGGAAUAUACCUUACAACAUAUUCCACCUUCAGAGGAACAGAAGGGGAAACAUCAAGAAGUCGUGAAGUUGUAUCACCCAGUAGUGCUGGAAAGACCCCAGUUAGUGAUACUGUUACAUAUGCAAGACCCAAGAAUAACAAGAGUAUACAUGAUCGUGCAGAGUCUAGUUCUCCAAGUAAAGCUUAUACAGGACCAGGUUCUGUAGCAUCUCCAGCACCUGACAUCCCUGAACCAGAUUAUAGUUCAGAUGAAGAUCAUACUUACAACUCUCAAGAUGAGUCUCAGUCAAAGAAGACCAGAACCCUGAAGAAGAAAAAGCCCACAGUGGCAUUUUCUCCUAAUCUUGUGACUUCCACAUCAGAGUCAUCUGACAUACCUCAUUAUGCUGCACCAGCUAAGCACCCAACACCUUUGGCUGGCAAUUUCAAAGACUUGAUAGCUCAGAAAGCAGCUGAGAGGCAGGCUAGACAAGAUGAUGGACCUGAACAAACAAGGUCAGCAACAUCAAGUCCAAGUAAGAGAGCCAAUGGAAGUAAUGGCAAUGGUAAUGGUAAUGGCAAGGCCAUAUCAGAUGCUAUCCAGGAAUCUGCCCUCUUUAACAGACAAAAGGAGAAAACUGUACCGACAGGAACCAAAGCCAGACCUGCUCCAGCUAUGCAGAGGGAGGAUUCAAAGUCUACCUUAAAGAUGAAGAAUUCCCGUUCUUGUCCCCAUGAUUUUAAUCUUGAAGAUGGGGAUAAUUCUUCAAGUGGAGUAAGCUCUGAUCAGGAUGUUCAUCAAGAGUCAAAUUAUGUGACAGUCAUCAACACAGAGUCUGACACCAUAUCUGCUAAUAAAACAGAUAGGUUUGUGAGACAUGGGACCAGAGAUGACAGUUCUGAGGCAUCUGAAAGCUCUGAUGAAGCUAGUGAUCGCACUUGGAUAUUAACAAAUGAAAAAGGAAGUGAUUCAGGGAAAGACAGUGAUAGUAAUGGUGCUCGAAGAUCAGGAACUCUGACAAGAAAUGCAGUGUCAUUAGUGAAGCUUCCUCCUCCACAAGAAACAACUGAGCCAGAUUUAGACACGGAGCUAGAUGUUGGACAAGGGCGAAUUAUGUCUCGCUCCGUUGAUCAAGAUACUAUAAGUACAUUAUCAUCACUUAGCAGCUUGUCAUCUGGAUCAGGCAGUACAGGAGAGAGAGAAAUGCAGCAUCCUAUGCAUGCUGGCCAAGUACCCAGCUCAGCACCAAGCUCAUUACAGAUGAGAGCCACCCUCCCAAGGCCUCCCUCAAGUGCAUCAAGCUCUAGAGGAAGCUCAGCACCCCCAGUGAGCCAGGCCAUCAGAGCAACAGUCACUGGAACACUUGGUCGAAGUCGGCCCACAACAAGAGAACAACAUUGGGAGGUCGAAGGGGAACAUAUGGCUGUGAGGGAAAAGAGUGCACCACCCACCUCUCGCUCUUCUACACUGGAAAGAGAUAGCUAUAAGAAGAGCACUAAUGUUGAUACGGGAGAGACGGAGUAUGAGAGGAGUAUUGAAGAAUCUUUGCAGUUAAUCCGUAUGCACAUGGACUCCCUCAACGAAGUGAAUACGCUGGCAGGAGUUCCUACUCGAGAGCAAGCAGGUGGUGGGGAGAUGGUCCUGGCGCCUCCUCCAGAGUUUUGCGAUAUGUCCAUGGCUGGAGCCCAAGGCAGGAAAAAUAACAAGACUGUUAUCCAUAUUGGUGAAGAAGAAUUUGAUCAGCCUGGAAGAAGGGGCCCAAAUGUCCAUGAAGAGGAGGAGGAACUGCUACCAAGAUUCAGACACAAGACCCUGACCGAGUGGACGACACGUGAUACAACUGAGUGGCUAGAAAGUAUAUUUAUGCCCGAGUACAAAGACUCCUUUGAGGAACAGGAUAUUGAUGGGAAGAAACUCAUGGAUAUUAACAAUGAAUCGCUUAUAAAUUUAGGCGUGAGAAGGGUUGGGCAUCGAGUUAACAUGGAAAAAUCCCUAAAAAGGUAUAAGCCCACUGAAAGAAUUGAUCUUUGAGUCAUACGCCUUCUUAUAUAAUAUCUAUUUUGGUAGAAAAUGUAUUGAGCCAGUAGAUUGAAUACUAAAAGUAUAAGGGUCCUACUAAAGAUUUGUAAAGUUAUGAUGGGUAUGAGAAUGAAGCAUUGUCUUGCAGCUUUUUUCUCUUUACUAUUGUAUUAUGGUAUGUGUACAUUGAAAUGCUGCUUCAAUUUAGGAGAAAGAAAUCUUCCCUAUAAAAAGCUGCAGUGUUUCAGAGGGAAUGAGAUUCUACAGGAAAUUUUCAUCUUCGAUGGAAAGUGACUCUGCAAAAAUGUGUAUUCAGGCUGCCAUUUUUCAUAAAUCUCUCGCUCAUUAUUCCAAGUUCUUGCAAGUGUUUAAAAGACACUUUAACUUGUAGUCUUUUCACUUAUGACGUCCAUCCUGUAAACAAAUAUUGUGGUAGUAGACCUUAUAAUCAUAUUGGCUUCUUUGUCUUGCUGGAGUGUUGUUGAUGGAGAUUUUAAAACCAUUGAAGACGCUUCAUAUGAUUAUUUCCUUUGUUUUUUGUUCUUUUGUUAAAUGUUUAAUAUGUUUUUUUUAAUGAAAUCAGAAAUAUUAUAGUUUAAAUACAUAUUGCAGGAUAAUGAAUUAAGACUUCAUAUAUACUAAUGACAGAUUGCAAAACAUGAGGUUUUGAAAGUUACUUUGUCCAUUAGUACUUUAUAUUAGAACUGAAACUUAAAUCUCUGUGAGAUAUUGACACUAAGUUGAUGCUGAUCUUCUUGAAUGUUGCUUUAAUUCAUAUAUUCAUUAACCACAUACUUAGCUCAUAAAGGAGAUUUUCCCCACAACAAUAUCCCACACCAGUCCUAAUAAUUAAUUGUGUGAGGGAUGGCUGGGGCACUUUUGGAAAUAGGUUCUUGUACUCAUUCAUUAGGCCACACAAUAUUCCUGCAUGCUAGAUAGUCACCAAUAUUCAUUCUGUGUUGUCAUUGCAGACUUUUUAUACCUGUAGCAUUUUAUAUAUAGCAAAACUAUUAUGUACCAGGCUAUUAUAUAUAACUUCUGCUGGAGAAAGAAAAACUAAGAGAAAUUCAUAGUAUUUCUUUUUGAGUGUAAACUUGGUGAGUAUGAAUGUAUUUGUACAAAGAAAGCUGUUAAUAGUGUAAAUAUGGCAAUCGUAUUAUUUAGUUUCAUUUGACACUAUAAUGCAUAAAUGUAUAUAUGGUUCUCUUUCUGCUAGUUUAUAAUGUCUGUUCUGUUUCUGCCAACCAUUGUGUGUGUGCCAAAUGCUUCAAUGCCUGAAGUCAAUUGUGAGAUGAAUUUAGAAAAGUCUUGUGUGUGUGCAGAAAUUAAUCUUUUGCCAGCUAGUUGAAAAUAGUGAUUCCUUUGAAUGGAAUGCAAGUGACCAGCAAGACACUUAAAUUUUUCAGUUCUUGUAGACCAAGUUUGUUGGCAAUGAAGUGGCCCUUAAGAAUAGUUUUCAAAAUUUUUGGCUAUAUAUUACUACAGUUGUGAAAUUAUCAAUGUAGAUGUGAUGAAAAUGCAUGAAAUAUAUUGAAUAAAUAAAAAAAAAUCUGGUCAGCUUCCCCAGAUGAAUGAUAUAGGGCCAUUUACUCACAUAUUUUGUAAUGUUUUGUGUAUUUCUAGAAUCUUAAUAAGUUCAUCAUUGUUUUGGACAGGAACAUGGUUUACAUGUGAAUCCAAUAAUUGAGAUUAUAUGUCUAGAAAAUCUUGAUGGAUGCUUACAGUAAGACCCAGAUGAUGGAUAGUAUCAAGCCCAGUUUGGUCCUGUAAGUAACUGUGCGGUAUUUGCCAGCUACGGUCUCCAUUGAGCAAAUGACUAUUUGAAAGUAAAUUUUGGCAUUUAGGACUAUCAGCAUUUUUCAUAAAGCCUCCAUGCUCUGUGUUAUUUUAUGAAAUUCAUGCUCCAUAUAUACAUAACAUAUAUAUAUAUAUAUAUAUAUAUAUAUAUAUAUAUAUAUAUAUAUAUAUAUAUAUAUAUAUAUAUAUAUAUAAUGUAUGUAUGUAUGUAUAUAAUCCUCAUAUAUAUAUAGUGGUGCUUUUGGUCCUCAAUGUGUCAGAGCUGGAUCAUAUUUUGCUAUCAUUUGUUUAAGGAGUUGAUUGGUGCUUUCAGAAUUUUGGGAAAAAUGAAAGAGAAAAUUUAAAAAUAAAUGUCUUGAAAAAUCCACGUUGAGAUUUUGUUCAGGAAUCACACACAAAUUUGACCAAUGAAUUAUCAUGGAGAAGAUAAGGCUCACAGAUUAAAGUUACAAAGAAAAAAUAAAACAAAACAAAAAAAACAAGAAAAUGCUUGAAAUUGGAUAAAUCCGAUUAUAUCUUGAGAGAUCCAAUAUUACUGUCCUAACAUCACCAUCUAGUCUUAUCCGUUGUAGGAAGUUCACAGUUUCUAUGCGGAUUUUUCCUAAACACAAAAUUGUUUACAAAUUUUAAUUAUUUAUCCAGAGAUAUGUAUGUGCAUCUGUGCUCAAUAAAGUUUAAUACUUUUAAAUUAAA